AUUACUCAGCGAGUAGUCAUGCAGGCUGUUCGCUCCCCGUCCCCGCGAUCUCUUGCUAAUUUGCCUCGGUGCUUCACAACAGCUGAGUCGCUUGGCGACCGCUGACUCGUUUGAUCGGUACUACGAAUAUAUUAAAAAAUUCUUGCAAUUGAGAACGCGCCGGCUAAUAAAAAAAUAAGUUGAACCAUAAACGCAUUCUAAAAUUAAAUUGCGCGGUAAUGUAAUCGUUGACGUCUAGAAAAUAAAUAAAUAAUAUUGUCAUUUUUGUGUCAAAUUUUGUGAAUGGUGUUUGAUAAUGAACAAAAAUCGCGUGUAGUAUAUUUUUAUAUUUUUUUACAUCUAUUCAAUUUGUUGACACGUCGAACUGUUAAAAUUUUCGUUGUCUUCCAGUUUACUUGAUAUUUGUUAUAUUUGUGUGCCGCCGAAAUUUAAAAUGGAGAAGAACGGUGGUUCCAGACUCUUGCAGAUGCAAGCUCGGUUUCAACAGAAACAAAUGCAGGAGAGGGAGAUGAAGAUAGCGUCUUUAUACGAGGCGCAGCAGGCGAGGGCUCUGGACAGGGUACGACACUCGCCCAGUAACGUGGGGCACACCUCACCGCCACUGCCACCAGCUACACAUCAACCAGGAAAGGUACGACAGAUGUUUGAGGAACGCAGAACGAAAGCUGGUAUCGACAAGAGUUAUCCUCUACAGCCUAUACACAACACAGACAGGCCGGCAGCCAGGAAACCACUGCCCAAUGGAUACAACAAGGUGGCCACCUCGAAGGUCACUGUCGAGAGGAAAGUCCACAAGACACAUACUAUCAACUCACACAGCGUGAAACGGCAACAGGUGCAUAAAACAGAAAACAUAGUCAAUGGCUCCGGUGAUCUCAACCAUAACCAUGAACCGGACAUGAACUCCGUCAAACAUAUUCUGCCACAAAGUAACGGUGAGGUGAUACUCCCGAACACAGACGAGCUCGACAAAGCUGACAACAAUUACCUUUUGGAGAACGAAACGUUUCCAGAAGCACUCGCGCCAACACCCACACCAAGAUCACCUGACCCACCCGCUGUUACCAAGAAACCUCCACCUAGAAGAACUCCCGCUCAAAGAAGCAGUCCAGCUAAAACGAAACCUCAACCGUCACCACCAGCUGCAGCACCAGCCCGAAGGACUACAAGUGAUAAUGCUGUACCGGAGAGCAACAAGGCCCGUGGGGCCAUGCAGCGAACUGUUAACCCGGUAGUGACCAGAAGACAACCACUGAGUUCAGGCAGUGUAGGCGGGGCGGCGGCGAGCUCAGCGCGGCGCGGCGCGGCGGCGCCGGCGCUGUCGGGCGCGACCUCGGGCGCCGCCUGCACGGUCUGCGGCCGCCACUUCGCCCCCGACCGCAUCGAGAAACACCAAGAGAUCUGUCGCAAAGCACACGCCAAGAAGCGAAAGCCUUUCGACGCUCUCAAGCAUAGACUUGCUGGCACUGAAGCUGAACCCUUCAUCAACAAGCUACGCAAGGGUCCAGCGAACCCUGCAUCCUCGACGAAGGUGAACAAGAAUCUGAACAAUAACUGGCGACAGAAGCACGAGGAGUUCAUACAGGCGAUACGAGCUGCUAAACAAGUGCAGGCUCAUCUCAGUGCGGGGGGUAAACUCAGCGACCUUCCGCCACCUCCUCCGUCAGAGAACCCCGACUACGUGGCGUGCCCACACUGCGGGCGACGCUUCAACCAGCAGGCGGCCGAGAGGCACAUCCCCAAGUGUGCCAACUACCAGUUCAACAAACCCAAGCCCGCCGCCAAGCGUCGGUAACCUACUGGCGACCUGACACGAACUGCUACGGACUUACCCGAGUGGUCCCGACAAUAACCGAACGGAGGACCGAUACGUUUGAAAAUAUUCAGUUGGUAGUAUUUUGAUUCACUCAGCUUGUCACCACUCGAGUAUCGUCCUACGUCGUCACUAAGUGUGAUCUUUGGCUGUACCUACCUACUUUAUUUUAAGAGUAAAACAAAUUAGUCGUUGAUGAGAUCCCGCUCUCUGAUACGUCGUCCCUACAUCCACAUUAUGUUAGACAACGACAUCGACUGCAGUAAGGACGUCUCUUCAAAUCGGUUGGUUGACGCCUUGAUGCAGAUAGUCUUCACUUGCACACUGUUUUACCUCGUGAAGACGUUCUAUGAUAUUAUAAGUCCAAACGCGAAUAAUGGAUACUGAGAUGGAGCUGGAGCCUCCUUAUACAGGUGAAUAUGACAUUAAUUUAAAAUAUGACAGGCAUUCGUACUCUCUGCCAGACUUUCUACUACGUAUGUGUUUAGCGUCCAUGAUCUACUAUCUGCUUUGGGCAUCCAUUUGUUAUGUGCACGACCGCGUUUGUUCUGUUCCCCGUAGCCGACAAGUGUGGUACAGACGUACCUGACAUGAUGUAGGAAACUACAAGACGAGUUCCUUGCUUUCAAACUCUUGCAGUGCCCGUUAUUUUAACACCACUCUUAGUUCAGUACUAAUCCAACUAGUUAUCAAGACUUAAGACUUACCUAGGAUACUCUGCUGUUAUUCAUUUCAUUAAUUUUCUUAUAAUGCCUCAUUUAUUCUGACGUUGUAAGAAAAAUAUUUUUCAUAUAUUAUUGAUUCAAUUUAUGUAAUAUUUAAGUGGAUCUAAGACGGACUAUAAGUGAGGUUAAUACAAAUUGUCAUUUUGUACUUGAAGACCAAUAUUGUACUUAGUACAUUGCCAUAUUCGACUGUCGGGACCUUACCUUAGAUAGUAAACAAGUUGUAAUUACAAGGAAAGAUUUAUAAAGUCAAUUGAUGUUUGUACAAAAACUAUGCUUUUUAAACUGUUAACAAUGCAGAUGUUAUUGGAAUAUUAAAAUGUACUUUAUUAUUUUG